AUGCAGUCCAAGGCCAAGGGAAGGGUAUAUCGAGAGCACAGGGUUUAUCUGGAUUCGGAUCCUGGUGAGCUAGUCGUGCCCGUCGCCGUAUUUGUGGACUCCGCGCAGUACGGGGGCGCGGCGGGGGCGGGGCGGCAGCGGUCUAUCGUGACGGUUUCCCUGAUCAACCUCAUUACUGGGCAGUGCGUGUCAGCUGCUGUUCCAAAGUGGGUCAUCGACGUUUCCGUGGGCUGGGAGGGCGGCUCCUACUUUGACAUGUUACAGUUCUGCAUCGUCCGUGCCUCGUCCCUGCUACGCUCAGGUGUCAUCAUGCGGGACAUCGAGUUCUUGCACGCAUUCUGCGGGGCGGAUUCGCCAGGGAGGUACAUGCGUGCACGGGGCCGAUCGGUUGCCACGUUUGAUGUGGCCAAUGACGCCUCAGAGGACAUCAUGACAUGUGCUGGCAUGCUGUGGCUCACGAUAUUGUGCUACCGCUUGAUGGACCUCGACACCGACUCACAAUCGAUCUCCUCGGAGGUCUUCGGCCUCGAUGACCGCAUGGAGGUGCAGCUAGACACGGCAGAGGAGGAGGCUCGCAUCCGCCGAAGUGCGAACGUGGAGCGGUGGGCGGACACCGAGAGCGAUGGCGAGGGGGCGGAGCCGCGGACGCUGCUGGAGUGCGGUUUCGUGCUCACGCGGCGCGAGUGCUCCCCCUGGGCACGCGCCUUGCCGCGGCCUGGACAGCUGGAGGGCAGCGCUCCCGCGGGUGGGCGGCAGCUCAACUUCCAGAAAAGCUUGGCGGCGGCUGCCCUGGCGCGGCCACUCGCCCAGGUGGGGACCCCGGCUCCGGAGAAGGAGCGGGAGUCAGCCGCUCUCGCGGCGGCGGCGCUGCUGGCGCGCUACCGGGCGCUGCAGCAGGCGGCGCCUGACGCUGAGCCGGUCGGACCCGGCCCGCCAUCCGGACCUCCCGUUCUGGUUGAGGUCGCGCAGCCCCCGGCUGAGCGGGGAGAUCCCCCCGGGCCCCCGGGCGCGGUGGAGGUGGACUCCCCCGGGGCGCCCGCUCAGCAGCCGACGGCCGAGCGGGCGAGGCCUCCCUGCACGGAGCAGGUGGGGGAGCCUCCCGGGCCAGGCCCGGCGGAGGCGGCGACUGCGGAGCCUCCCGGGCCAGGCCCGGUGGAGGAGCCUCCCGGGCCAGGCCCGGUGGAGGUGGCGUUUGCGGCGUCGGCGGCGGGCGACGCGCCCCCGGCGCCGCCGCGGCCUCCCGGCACGGAGCCGGUGGAGGCGGCCCCCGGGCCCUGCCCGGUGGAAGCGGCGGCGGCGGCGGCGGCGGCGCGCGUUCACCACCUUGCCUUGGUGAACGCGUUCGCGCGGGCCGGCGGCCGCCCCGCGGAGGAGGAGCUGGCUGAGCUGCUGCGCGUCCCCACCGGGGGCAAGCGCCGGCAGCUGCAGCGCCGGCUCGGCGCGGCGCUCGACAGCCUGCCGGACCCGGAGCUCGCGGAGCUCAUGGGCCGCAUGGCGGGGCGCCUGCGGAACCCGCAGAAGCGCCGCUGGCAGCGCCAGGAGAGCUCGGUCAUCGUGGUGUCUUGGCUGCUGAUCGCGGCGGUGGGUCUGCUGCUGAGUGCGGCCAUCGGCGGGUGGAGCCACGUGCGGCAGUGCUUCGACCGGCGGGCGAUCGCCACGUUCGCGCCCGCGGGCGUCGGCUGGGCCCUGGCGGACGUCUGCGAGGUGCUGGCCGUGGCGAAGAUCGACCCGGCGAUGUACGGGGUGAUCUCCCAGGCGCGCUUGCUCGGCAGCGCGGCUGCGUGCAGGCUCAUCCUCGGGAACCGCCAGUCCAAGGUGCAGUGGGGCGUGUUGGGGGCCCUGUCGCUCGUCUGCAUGGCCUACUGCAUGGUCCUCCACCGGCGCCGCGGCCACCCAGAUGGAUCGAAAUCUUACAUUGUGGAGAUUGGACGUCAACUUUUGCUGAGGUCUGAGAUGCAGCCUGCCCCCUCGACGCUGCGGUUGCAGCCUCGCGCAGCAGCGCAGGGCUCGAGCCGAACGGUGCUCCGCGCCCACACGGACCCUGGCGGCAGAGGCGGAGGCAGCCCCCACUCGAUAUGGACAGGGUCGCCCUUCGACGCGGCGGGCUUCAUGCCGCCGUACGGCAUGUUUGGCGUCCCGUCGCCGGGGCCGUGGUCACACAUGGGUGACCCGUUCUUCGGCUACGACCCGAGGCUCAUGAUGGCGGGAAUGCCGCCGCCGAGCCCCGUCGACAUGUCCCCCCGCAUGGCGGCAAUGAUGUCCAUGGCGUCGGUCGCGAGCAUGCAGGAGGGCCAGACGCCUGUGGCGGGCCGCCUGCGCGACGAGCCGCCCGGGCUGUCGCUGCCGGCCGAGGUGCCCGAGGGCAAGAUCACCAGAGUCAACUGGUCCGUGGACAUCAGGACAUGA